AUUUUUUACAAAAGAAAACAUGAAUGAGCGUCUAAAAGUUUGCAUGGCACGAGCCAGUUACAAUGUGGUUGGACCUACGGUUACCUUUACCCGUUCUUCUAUUUGAAUUUUUCAAAAACUAUUAUCAUUCAACUCUAUAUCCCUGGAAAAAACUCUUGAAACUGUAGUUGCAAUGUGUAAGAUCCGACCCGGACCGGAUCCAAAAGCGGCAUUGGUCUCAGAGAUUUGUUCCCUGUCGAGAUCACCAAUCUCUUGCAUUCACAUCAAUGGCAACUCCGGUUCAUGUUUCAUCGACUGGUAUCUCAUUCUCGGUAUCCAUGAAGAUGCAGAGGUCAAGCUCAUACGUAAACGAUAUCACAAACUAGCUAUGAAGGUUCAUCCUGAUAAAAACAAUCAUCCAAAAGCAGAUAUUGCUUUUAAGCUCAUCCACGAGGCUUAUUUAUGUCUUACAGACGAAACAGAGAGAAGAUGCUUCAACACAGAGAGGAGAAAGAACGUAUGUCUGAAAUGCAGCCGACUCUCACACAAAACGAAAGAGAACCGCACCGAGACUAAACAGAACCGGUUUUGUCAAACCCUUAGGGACAUAAGGGACACAUUCAGAGAAGAGAACAAGGUGAUAAAGAGAUGUCUAAAGACCAACAGUGCAAGAUUCAUGGGGAGCCUAACAGAGGAAACCCCGGUUUUUGGUAUACCUAACCCAAACCGGUUUAAUAUGGAGUUACCGGUUUUUAAUCCGUCGGAUUACAAGUUCUGUGGUUAUCCACAUGUAAGAAAUCGGGUGUUGGACAAUAACUUGUCGGAUUGUAAGGUGUUCAUGAGAAGCAGAUCCACAUGUGUUCACUCUUCACUGUGUAUUAGGUCUCCUGAUACUAGAUGAUCUUGAUUUAGUGUAGUCUCAUUAGGUUCAAUCUUUUACAGCUAUGAGACUGUUGCCACAUUUUGAUUACAAACUUAUAUGAGCUGAUGAUGGUAAGUGAGAAAGGACGUUCAAUCCCAUAAGUCAUACAUCCCAAUUAAUAAAAUCUAUGGGUAUACAUUUCUGGACAUAAAAUGAAGUGUAGAAUGUUUUUAUUGGAAAAUCCGGUUUACUUUAGCCUUAAGUUCGAUUUUUUUUUUCAACUAUCCAUGUUCUUAAUACUAUCAUAUUGUAUCAUUUAUCAUACUAUCUCUAGUUUACAUGUUUUGCAAUCGGCAUGAACAUUGCAACU